CCUUGUACCCCCGUCACUCCCUUCCCCUCCCCUCCCCUCCCCUCUGUUCUAAACUGAAAGUGAACUGAUGGACCCUUCUUCCGCGUCUUCCGUUUCUUUUCCUCAAAACCCUAGCCGAGACUUGUGUUACUCUCAGCCUCAGAAUCCUCCAUCAAAGCCUGCUGACCUCCACACCACACUCUCCUCCCUCAAAAGCCUCAUCUGCCUCUCCCACCAAACUCUCCACUCCCUCUCCAUUCUCGUCCCUCCGAAACCACACCGAAGCCCCAAUCACGUCCCAUGCCCCUUCAAUCACCACCAUCUCAUGCCCCCUCACUCCCUCUUUCUCCACUCUCUCCGCUGCCAUUAUCCCAAUCUCCCCCGCCAAAAUCGUCUCCACCAGUACUCAUCCGAUUCCCCUUUCGACUGCAAUUUUCAUUCAAUAUUUUUCUACCGGGACUGCCCGGGUGUUGUAUCCUUGUCGAGUCUAGAUUCUGCGAAGAGGACGUUCACGAUUCCGACCUUUUUAUCCGUCGAGUUCGCGGAUCUUGUUCAUUGUGGCGGAAAAGAGGUUGAAGGGCUUCGGAAGGAGUGCUUUUUGGAGAUUACUCCGUCGGAGUUAGUGGCAAUUAGAGGUGAAACCGAGGCUUGGAGGGAUUAUCCUAGUGCCUACUCCUAUGGCGUUCUUCGUGCGCUUUCUCGGGGUACGACGAUGCUUAGAGAGUAUGGAUUGAUGAAUUGGGUAAUUGCCAGUUCGCCGCUUCAUGGUGGUGUUGUGCUUGAUGUCGCUCUGAGGGACCAUAUCUUUUCGCUGUUCAGGCUGUGCCUCAAGGCAAUUGUGAAGGAAGCUCGAAGCUUGGAUCGGGAUCGGGAUCAGGAUCAGAUGUAUAAGGGGAGGAAUAUGAGUUUAAAGUGUCCCGUUUUGGUUCAAGCAUUGAUGUGGUUCGCAUCUCAGCUUUCUAUUCUGUAUGGGGAAAUGAAUGCGAAGCUAUUUGCUAUUAACAUGCUUAAGCAAUGUAUAUUAGAUGCUGCUGCACUUGGCUUGUUGGCGUUCCCCUUUGAGCAAAAGGUGAACGAGUCUGCCACUCUAGAAGAAGAGGUUUCUCCUUCUCAGAAUUUGUUUGGUAAUGGCUGUGGUAUUAGCGAUGCCCAAUUACUUGAAACAACCAUGAACAAUAAACUGAACUGCACCGUUACUGGAAAGGUCAUUUUUGAGUCACAGGUCGCGGCUGCUAUAGCUGCACUGCAUGAACGGGCUUUGCUUGAAGAGAAGAUCAAGGGUUUACGGCCUUCUCGACCACUUUCAUUUGCUGAGCAUGAUUAUGUAUCACAGAGAGCUGAUGAGGAGCGGAUAAGACGUCCUAAUUACAGGUCCAUAGUUGAGCAUGAUGGACUUCAUCAGCAACGGUUUUCUAAUCAGGAACCAAACAAGACUAAAACUAGAGAGGAGUUAUUGGCUGAAGAAAGGGACUACAAACGCCGAAGAAUGUCAUAUCGUGGAAAAAAGGGGAAGAGAACAACACUACAGGUCACAAGGGAUAUAAUAGAGGAAUACAUGGUGGAAAUCAAGAAAGCUGGAGGGAUUGGGAGCUUUGCAAAGGGAGCUGAAGAUGGAGAAAUGUUUCCAUCUGAAUCACCUUCUUCUCAUGACAUCAUCUCUAGUGUUGAUAACCCAGCAAAAAGUGAUUAUGCAUCGACCCGAGGUAGCCAAUACAACAACAGGACACUGCCGCAGUCUGAUUAUAGUAGUAAGAAAUAUAAAAGUUUCAAUGAUGCCAAAGGUUAUGAGAUACCGAGAGGAAGCCUUGAUGAAUGCCCCCAAAAUGCAGAUCAGAGAAGUUUGGUUUGGGACAAACGUGAUAGAGAAAAUCCUUCGAGAAGUCCAGAAAGAUACAAAAGUCGUGGCCAGUCACAUGUUCAAAGUAGUCAUCGACGAGAGCGAUAUGAUCUGAAGGUGACCAGCACCUGGAGUGACAAGAAUAAGCAGCGGUAUUCUGGCAUGUCAAAAUAUCAUAAUAGUAGAUCUUCUCCUGUUUCAAAAUCUGUAAAUGAUUUGAGUGUAAGGAAGGAUGCACAGAAAUCAGAAGUUGAGCAUAGACGGCGAGGGAACACAUUAGGAAACGAUAGUUCUGAUUUUCUGGUGCAAAUUCCUUUCGAGGAUCGAUACAAUCCUUCAGAAUCUCCUGACAUGUAUGAAGAUCUUUGUGGGGGAACACCAUGACCAACGCAGCGGAUACUCUGCAGGAACCCUCUGUCCUGAGUUCCAUGAUAAUUCUGAGUAGCUUUACCUUUUGAGUAAAAGGUCAUCAGGCUGCAGCAAUUCUGUCUAGACUUGUAUCCUCCUUUGUAUCCUUUACCGUUUCGUUUGUUUGCUGUUAAGCUCGUUUACAUCUUGUUAGUGCUUCUUUAUCUCCCUUUUUUCUAUCAAAUUAGAAGCAUGGUAGGAUAUAAAUGUGAUUUCUCAUAAACAUCUUUAGUUGGCAUCAAUUGCAUCAUCAUAUUACUCUUAUUGCCAUUGAAAUUCUCUCUCGUCUUACUAUGCUGUGACAUAGUGUCUAUUACUUUCAUUUUCUUUUUCUUUUUUGUAGUGGUGGUGGGGGUGUUUAAGGUCAUUGUUUGAUGGCUAAGGAAAACCCAAGCCACUGCCACAUAUGAGUUUAUACUUUAAAAAGACUAGUCGAAGUUAUAGUUCCUUGUAAUCAUCAUAAACAGCAAGAACUUCUCCCUUGAGAGAAAAUUCAGGAUCUCAUUCACUACCCUUUCCCUCCAACUCAAUUAGGGGUAUUACACUUGCCCCUUCAUUCCCAUACGUCAGCAAAGGGAAAAAAAAAUAUAGGAACACAUUUUACAUUUUUAUCUUCUACGUUUUUACUUUUUACACAUCACUAUGGGAAUACAUCAUGCAAAUGAUGAUGGUUCUGUUUGUUAUGUGGUGUAGGGCUGCAGUUGAAAUGAAGGUCUGCUCUUACAAAAAUUUCUUUUAGGCUCUAUCAUUGAUGUAGCCAGGCAUCAAUUUGAAUAAAUAUUCAUUAAUUGCAGAAUUUGAUUGUCGGCGA